AUGACAGGAAACAUAAAAAAUCAAAUGAAACAUAGUACUAAUAACGCUGUAUUAAUUAUGAAUAUAGUUAAUUAUGGAAAUAUUAAUCUCUAUGGAGAACCAACAAUAAAAAAUACAAAACAUCAAUGUGAAUCAAUCAACUAUCAAGAAAAAUUAAAAAACAGUAAGCAAAAAAUCACUCCUACAUUAUACCUUAAAAAAGAACAAAAAGAAACCAAAACUCAGAAAGAAAUUGAACAAGAAAUUGAAAAAGAUGUUGAGUCUUACAAAAAAUCAGUACACACAAACCAAAAUAAAAUUAAUACACUAUUAAUAAACCAACCAUCUAAUUUAAUGACAACAACAUUAUCUUCUUUUUGUCAUAAACGUCAGUAUUUGGUAAUUUAUGACUCUGAGAAAAAGUCUUUUUUAAACCAAGAAAUUUGGAGUUCUAUUUGUGGAAGAAAUAAUAUUAUGAUUAUCAUAAAAGACUGGAAUGGAAAUGUAUUUGGUUCUUUUCAUGAAGUUGUUCCUAAAAAAAUGGGAGAAUAUUCCAAAAAAGACUAUAAUCACUUUGUUUUUUCUUUGAACAACCCAUAUCACAACCCAAUGAAAUUUAAAAGAAAGGUUAUUUCUCCAAUCCUUAAAAUUCAUUUAGACAAUGAAAGUAUUUUAACUGUUAGUGGCUUCUUAUUCAUUGGAGUAUUUAAUAGCUUCUUAGUUUCAAAUGAACGUUUUUGGAAAUACUAUACUGACCCAACAGAUAAAGGAACAAAUUACUUUUGUUCAAAUGAUUCAAUUUUUACAGUUGAUAGCAUGAAAAUACUUCAAUGGUUUGAUUAA